CAUGCUACACACACAUCUCAACUGCUGCUACCAGACUCUUAUUGUGAUUGCUAAAUACUGCACAAUUGAAACUUGCUCCCCAAUCCCCCUUUCCCCAAAAGGACAUGAGACGUGUUGGAAGUAUAAAAUAUUGGACUAUAAAUGGUGUCUUCCUGUAUUAUACUAAAACAUGUAUUCUAUUCUGCUGAGCCAUUUACUUUGUUGCUAUUCUUAUAUUUUAUGAUGUCUUAUUGUUGAUAUUGUGGAGAAGGAACCUGCAGUAAGCAUUUGGUUGGACGGUGUGUACCAUGUGUAUCCUGUACAUACGACUAGCACAACUUGAAACACAUUAAUUUAGUUAAUUCUGUAACUGUGUUUUUACAGGUGAGAGAGGAACUGGGAAAAGCACAGGGAAAAAGCUGUGUUUUAAAGGCUCCACGUUUCACAGAGUUGUAAAGAACUUCAUGAUACAGGGAGGAGACUUCACCGAGGGCAAUGGAAGAGGAGGGGAAUCCAUAUAUGGAGGCUACUUUGAAGACGAGAACUUUAUUCUCAAACACGACCGAUCUUUCCUGUUGUCCAUGGCCAACCGCGGCAAACACACCAACGGGUCACAAUUCUUCAUAACCACCAAGACAGCACCUCAUCUCGAUGGGGUCCAUGUGGUGUUUGGCCUGGUCAUCUCAGGCUUUGAGGUGAUCAAGAGGAUUGAGGGUCUGAAGACGGACGGAGCCAGCAGGCCGUAUGCUGAUGUUAGGGUUAUGGACUGUGGUCAACUCAUCACUAAGUCAGCCAACGAUGGUAGGGACCACACUGCCUAG